GGAAUUUAAGUGUACGCUAUGCGGAGCUGAAUUUUAUAAAAAACGAAAUUUGCAUGUCCAUUUAUCACGCAUUCAUGGAGUAAAAAGUGAUAACAAAAAUUUUGAAAGUGAUUUCGUAUGUGUUUAUUGCAAAAAACAUUUCGCAUCUAAAAAGAGUUUAUCGACACACGUGGGGAAAAUUCAUCACGUUGUAAGGGCAAAUAUUUUGUGCCAGGAGGAAAAAUGUGAAGAAAGUUUCCCAACGUUAUGUGAUUUUCGAGCGCAUUUAUGCACUUUUCAUGAAUUGAAAGGUAUUGAAAAUUGCGAAAAGCUGAAAUUCGAGAAAUACUCGGAUUUCCAACAGUGGCUGGUAGAGGAAGAAAAUAAUACCAAUGUUAAAUUUUUUGUAAACUCGAAAAAGAAAAAUGAAAACCAUGUUUACACAUCUUUCUGGUGUAACCUCAGUGGUUCCUACAAACCAAAAGUUGAAUCGCGUAAAAGGCAACUAAAGGCACAAGGAACUAUGAAGAUGGGAUUUCACUGUACAGCUGCAAUUUUUGUGAAAGAUUUUGAUUCUCAUGUUGAAGUUUCCUAUUACAAGGGACAUUAUAAACAUGAGAAGUCAUUAUGCCAUGUGCCUUUGCCUGAAGUUGAGAAAGAGUUAAUAGCAGGUAAACUUCUUCAAGGUGUUGCUGAAAAAAAUAUCUUGCAAGAUAUUCGGCAGUCCUUGGAUACGUCAUUUGGAAGAAAACACCUUACUUCCAGGAAAGAUCUGCUAAACAUCAAGAGAGAUUUCGGGAUUAUGCUUCCUAGUAGAGGAUCCAUUAUUCAAGAUGACGAGAUGAGUGCCUGUGCUUGGGUCGAUAAAAUGAAGAUCGAGAAGGAUAAUCCUGUUCUCUUCUAUAAAAGACAGGAUGAUGCUCACCCUACAAUUCAAAAUAAAGACUUUAUGCUAGUUCUCAUGACACAUUUUCAAAAAUCUAUAUUUUAUCGUUUAGGAGCAGAUCGAAUCUGUGUUGACUCAACUCACAGUAUUUCAAAUUACAACUUUGAAUUGGUUACUGUGCUUGUGAUUGAUGAAUACGAGGAAGGUAUUCCUGUUGCCUUUUGUAUUUCAUCUUCAGUAAACACUGUAAUUUUAACCCACUUUUUUCAAUGUAUUAAGACAACAAUGUCUACCAGCAUCAUUCCAAAAAUUUUUAUGAGUGAUGAUGCUGUUAUGUUUAAAAAUGCUUGGGUUAGUGUGUUUGGUCCAUGUGAUCAUUAUUUAUUAUGUGCUUGGCAUGUAGAUCGAGCAUGGAGGAAAAAAUUAAAUUCUGUAAAAAAGGAAAUACGGGAAGAUAUAUAUAAAACUUUAAAGACUCUAAUGUAUGAAUUGGAUGAAAAUAAUUUUAAAAAUAUGUUUAGCAGCUUUUGCGAGAUGCUAAAUGAAGAUAUCAAUACAAAAGAAUUCUAUGAGUAUUUUUUUAAUAAUUAUCAUUCAAGAUGCGAGAUGUGGGCAUAUUGUUUUAGAAAAGGAGCUAAAAUUAAUACUAAUAUGCAUAUUGAAAAUUUUCAUAGAAGUUUAAAACAUAUUUAUUUAGAAGGGAAAAAGACAAAAAGAGUUGAUAAAGUUAUUUUUGAAUUAAUUAGAUUAGUAAAUGAUAAAAAUUUUGAUUAUUACAUUAAAACUCAAAAGGGUAAAAUCACUAAAAAGGCAACACAAAAUUUUAAAAGGCACAGGGAUGAUAAAAAUUUACAAGCAACUUUCGAGCAAAUUAAAGAAAAUGAGUGGAAAGUUAUUUCAGGUAAAAACGUAUAUAAUGUAAUAAAAGUUCAUUCUUGCAAUGACACUUGUAUAAUUGCUUGCAGAAAUUGUAUUUUAUGUAUGAAAUCAUAUAUUUGUACUUGUCAUGAUUACAUGAUCUCUAAUUUUUUAUGUAUACAUAUACAUUACAUUUCAAUAAAUUCUAGCCAAAACAAUAAUUUUUGCGGUCCACUAAAUAAAAACAGUUCCACUAUUUCUAUUAUAAAUUCUGAAUCUAAAAUUAUUACAGAAGUAGGCCCUAGUCAGUUAGAAUGUAAUAAGGUUACAAUGGGUAUAGUUUAUAAUAAACUGAAUUCUUUAACAACAAUGGAUGAUGUGUCACAUCAAAUAAAAAAUCACUUAAUAGCAAUUAAACAUUUAUUAGGAGUUAAUUCUGAAUAUUCCUUUCCUUGUCAUCCUAAAAUAGCUUCUGAACCAUCAAAUAAGAAGAUUCUUAAGCAAAAACGAUUUUAUUCGGUUAAGAAGCCUUAUUCAAAUAAAAAGAUUAAGCUUUCUAAACCUAACUCUGCUGAAAUUGAAAUAAAGAAAAAUGUUCUCUUAAAAAAAGAAAUGUUGCACUCUAGUAACACUAAUCCUGAUCAUUGUUAUUCCAAGUAAGCAAAUGUUGUUCUUUUGUAUCAAUAUGUCGUUGGCAACUUUGUAUCAAUAUGUCUGCAUGUUUAUUCUUAGUUUCAUGACAAGUCUGAUCUCUUCUUUCUUACAAUCGUAUACAUAAAUAAUAAUUGUCUUCUAAUGUUUUCUGUAUUUUCACAUGUUUAUGAUUGCAUGUGUAUCACCCUAUUAGAUGUGUUAGUGAUUGUUAAUUUUUGCACAUUCCUUUUUAAAUUUAUAUUAUAUAAUAAAAUUAAUAUAUUUAAGUAAUAUUGUGUAUGUAUGUUUAACUUACUCCACUGUAAAAUGUAUGUGGAUUAUAUUA